AACCCGAGCCUUAGUGAACCCAGCAGCCGCGGCGGGCGCGGGCGCGGGCGCGGCGGCCGGGGCUCGGCGGUCUCCGAGAUGUCACGAUGGCUGUGGCCAUGGUCGAACUGCGUGAAGGAGCGGGUCUGCCGCUACUUGCUGCACCACUACUUGGGCCACUUCUUCCAGGAGCACCUCAGCCUGGACCAGCUCAGCCUCGACUUGUACAAGGGCAGCGUCGCCCUGCGGGACAUCCACCUGGAGAUCUGGUCUGUGAACGAGGUGCUGGAGUCCAUGGAAUGGCCGCUGGAGCUGGUGGAAGGCUUUGUGGGCUCCAUCGAGGUGGCGGUGCCCUGGGCCGCGCUGCUCACAGACCACUGCACCAUUCUCGUGUCGGGCCUCCAGCUCACCCUGCAGCCCCGCCACGGCCCAGGACCAGGGCCUGCUGACUCGCAGAGCUGGGCCUCAUGUAUGACCACGAGCCUGCAGCUGGCUCAGGAGUGCCUGCGGGAUGGGCUGCCCGAGCCCUCGGAGCCGCCACAACCCCUGGAGGGCUUGGAGAUGUUCGCCCAGACCAUCGAGACUGUGCUGCGGAGGAUCAAGGUGACCUUCCUGGACACUGUCGUGAGGGUGGAGCACGCCCCGGGCGACGGGGAGCACGGAGUGGCCGUGGAAGUCCACGUGCAGAGACUAGAAUACUGUGACGAGGCGGUGCGAGACCCAAGCCAGGCACCCCCCGUGGACGUUCACGAGCCCCCCGCGUUCCUGCACAAGCUGCUGCAGCUGGCGGGCGUCUGCCUGCGCUUCGAGGAGCUGCCCCGCCAGGAAGAAUCCCCAGACCCCCCCUUGCAGAUCGGCAGCUGCUCGGGGUACGUGGAGCUGACGGUGAAACUGAAGCAGAACGAGGCUUUCCCAGGCCCCAAGCUGGAGGUGGCCGGGCAGGUGGGCUUCCUGCACCUGCUGCUGACCCCGCGGCAGCUCCAGCAGCUCCAGGAACUGCUCAGCGCCAUGAGCCUUGCAGACUCCAAGUCCCUGGCGGACAAGCUGGGCAAGAGCCGCCCGCUGGGAGCCGAGGAUCUGUGGCUCAUCGAGCAGGACCUGAACCAGCAGCUGCAGACGGGGGCGGGGCCCGAGCCCCUCAGCCCGGACCCCCUGGCCGACCCCCUCGUCAACCUGGACGGCACCGACCUCUUCUUCUCCAUGGCGGGCCUCACGAGCAGCGUGGCCUCGGCCGUCUCUGAGCUCUCCCUCUCCGACGUGGACCUGGGCUCCUCGGUGCAGAGUUACACCACCCCCCGCCGGCUCUCUGCCGCGGGCCCCCCAGCGGGCAAGACGGCCCGCACGCCCCAUCCGGACACCAUGCGCCCUGACUCACUACUGAAGAUGACCUUGGGGGGCCUGACCCUGACCUUGCUUGAGACACCCGCCCUGUCUUCCGGACCACCUGACCUCACCGCCCCUUUCUUUGCCGAGUUCGAUGCUGCCAAGGAUGGGCCUUUCAGCUCCCGCGACUUCCACCAUCUGCGACCGCGCUUCCAGAGGGCCUGUCCCUGUAGCCAUGUCCGGCUGACGGGGACGGCGGUGCAGCUGUCCUGGGAGCUGCAGACGGGCCGGGGCCGCCGGACGGCCAGCACGGACGUGCGCUUCGGGCAGCUGGAGGUGCUGGAGUGCCUGUGGCCCAGGGGCGCCGCGGAGCCCGAGCACAUGGAGCUGCUGAGCUUCCCCGGCAGGCAGGACGCCCAGGCCUCGGCGCAGCCCUGUGCCCACCUGCGCCACACACAGACGGUGCGCCGUCUGCCCAAGAGCCGAUCCCGGCACAGAGCUGUCUGCCAUUGCCACUCAGAGCUGGCCCUGGCCCUGGCCGACUUCCAGGCAGACCUGGAGCUGGGGACCCUGGACCGGCUCGCUGCUCUGCUGAACCUGGCCACCAGACCCUCUCCCGAGCCGCCUGCCGGCCUGCUGACGGAGUCCCCGCCAGCCACCGAGCAGGAGACGGUGGUGCAGCUGUCGGCACCCCGGGCCACACUUCGGCUGCACUUCCCCAUCGCCGACCUGCGGCCGGAGCGGGACCCCUGGGCGGGCCAGGCCGUUCGGGCUGAGCAGCUGCGGCUGGAGCUGACUGAGCCCCAGUUCCGGUCGGAGCUGAGCAGUGGGCCUGGCCCCCCAGGCCCCACCCGCCUGGAACUUACCUGCUCCGACCUCCACGGCACCUAUGAAGAUGGAGAGAAGCCUCCUGUCCCCUGUCUGCGAGUCUCCAAGGCCCUAGACCCCAAGGGCCCUGGUCACAAGUACUUCCUGCCCCAGGUAGUGCUGACCCUGCGCCCCCAGGUCAGCAGCGCACAGUGGGAAGUGGCCCCCGAGAAGGAAGAGGAGCUGGAGCUGUCUGCGGAGAGUCCGUGUGAACUGCAGGAGCCGGAGCCCUCGCCCUUCUCCUCCCGGAGGACCAUGUACGAGGCGGAGGAGAUGGUGAUUCCUGGAGACCCCGAAGAGAUGAGGGCCUUCCAGAGCCGGGCGCUGGCGCUGUCACGCUGCAGCCUGGAGGUGGUCCUGCCCAGUGCCCAUGUCUUCCUGCCCAGCAAGGAGGUCUAUGAGAGCGUCUACAACAGGAUCAACAACGACCUGCUCAUGUGGGAGCCCGCAGACCUGUUUCCCAGCCCCGCCGCCCAGCCUCCCGGCUUCCCAGGCCCUGCGGGCUGCUGGCAGGACAACUUCAAGAUGUGCAAGUCGGCCUUCAAGCUGGACUCAGACUCGGACGAAGAGGACGCCCACUUCUUCUCAGUGGGGGCAUCAGGCGCGCCCCAGGCCGGCCCCAGGCCCCCGAGCCCACGCUCCCAGAGUUCCUUCUCCACCCUGGUGACGGUGCUGAAGGGCCGGGUCACAGCCCUCUGUGAGGCCAAGGAUGAGGGCGGGAGGCGGCUGGAGGCCGUGCACGGGGAGCUGGUGCUGGACGUGGAGCAGGGCACCCUCUUCAGCGCGUCCCAGUACCGUGGCCAGCCGGGGCUCGGCUACUUCAGCCUGGAGGCCGACAAGGCGGCGCUCUACCACCGAGCCACCGUGGAUGACUACCUGCUGCCCAUCCGCCUGGAGCUGCCCAGCUUUGCUCCUCCAGCCCAGCUGGUCCCAACCAUCUACCCGUCAGAGGAAGGGGUGACCAAGUGGGGAGCCUCCGGCCGAAAGGGCCAGGCCCAGGGCCCUCACAUGCUGUCCGCCGCCGUGCGCAUCCACCUGGACCCCCAGAAGAACGUCAAGGAGUUCCUGGUGACACUGCGGCUGUACAGGGCUACCCUGCGCCACUACGUCACCCUGCCGGAGCAGAGCUGGCACUCCCAGCUCUUGGAGUUCUUAGAUGUGCUGGAUGACCCCGUGCUGGGCUACCUGCCCCCGACGGUCAUCACCGUCCUCCACACGCACCUCUUCUCCUGCGCCGUGGACUACAGGCCCCUCUACCUCCCUGUGCGUGUCCUGGUCACCGCUGAGACCUUCACCCUCUCCAGCAACAUCAUCAUGGACACCUCCACUUUCCUGCUCAGGUUCAUCCUCGACGACUCGGCCUUGUACCUGUCUGACAAGUGUGAGGCAGAGACCCUGGACCUGCGGCGAGAUUACGUCUGCGUCUUGGAUGUGGACCUCCUGGAGCUCGUGAUCAAAACCUGGAAGGGGAGCACCGAGGGCAGACUGAGCCAGCCGCUGUUCGAGCUGCGCUGCUCCAACAACGUGGUGCACGUGCACACCUGCGCCGACUCCUGCGCGCUGCUGGUCAACCUGCUGCAGUACGUAACGCGCACAGGCGACCUGCACCCCCCGCCCCGGCCCCCCAGCCCCACCGAGAUCGCCGGCCAGAAGGUACAGCUGUCCGAGAGCCCCGCCUCCCUGCCCUCGUGCCCCCCGGUGGAGACGGCCCUCAUCAACCAGCGGGACCUGACCGACGCCCUCCUGGACACCGAGCGCAGCCUGCGGGAGCUGGCCCAGUCCGCAGGUGGCACCCUCCCUCAGGCCUCGCCCGUGUCCGUCUACCUGUUCCCAGGUGAACGGAGUGGGGCCCAACCUCCGCUGCCCCCUCUGGGGGUCGUUGCCGGAAGGUCAGAGGCCGAGGACAGUGAAAAGGAGGGCGAUGGAGACACUCUGGACAGUGACGAGUUCUGCAUCCUUGAUGCUCCCGGCCUGGGCAUCCCGCCCCAGGACGGGGAGCCCGUGGUGACGCAGCUGCAUCCAGGCCCCAUCACCAUGCAGGACGGGCACUUCUCACGGCCGCUGGGCAGCACCGACCUGCUGCGGGCGCCUGCCCACUUCCCCGUGCCCAGCACCCGCGUGGUGCUGCGAGAGGUCUCCCUUGUCUGGCACCUCUAUGGGGGUCGGGACUUCGGCCCCCACCCCAGCCACAGGGCAAGAGCUGGCCUCACAGCCCCCAGGGGCUCCCCUUCUCGCUGCUCUGGCCCCAACCGGCCCCAGAACUCCUGGCGCGUGCAGGGGGGCAGCGGGCGGCAGCACCAGGUCUUCAUGGAGAUCCAGCUCAGCAAGGUCAGCUUCCAGCACGAGGCGUACCCCGUGGAGCCGGCCCCAGGCCCCGCGGCUCCGGACAGGGAGCCGGAGGAGCAGCCGCUGUCCCGGCAGGUGUUCAUCGUGCAGGAGCUGGAGGUCCGGGACCGGCUGCCCUCCUCCAAGAUCAACAAGUUCCUGUACCUGUACACCAGCGAGCGCAUGCCGCGGCGCACCCACUCCAACAUGCUCACCAUCAAAGCGCUGCACGUGGUCCCCCCGACCAACCCCAGUGCCCCCGAGUGCUGCCUCCGGGUCUCGCUGAUGCCCCUGCGGCUCAACGUGGACCAGGACGCUCUGCUCUUCCUCAAGGACUACUUCACCAGCCUGGCCGCGGGCAUCAGCCCCAUGGUCCCGGCAGAGACCUCUGCCGAGGCGCACCCAGAGGCCCGGGCCCCGGGGAGCAGCCCCCAGGAAGGACAGCCCGAGGGCGUGGAGACCAGUGACACCCCCGAGGCCGCAGUGGGUGGCCAAGGCGCUUCCUCCGAGCAGCAGCCCAUCUACUUCCGGGAGUUCCGAUUCACAGCUGAGGUGCCCAUCUGGCUGGAUUACCACGGCAAGCACAUCUCCAUGGACCAGGUGGGCACUUUCACUGGCCUCCUCGUCGGCCUGGCCCAGCUCAACUGCUCGGAGCUGAAGCUAAAGCGACUCUGCUGCCGGCACGGGCUCCUGGGCGUGGACAAGGUGCUGGGCUACGCCCUCAACGAGUGGCUGCAGGACAUCCGCAAGAACCAGCUGCCCGGGCUGCUGCGGGGCGUGGGCCCCAUGCACUCCGUCGUCCAGCUCUUCCAAGGGCUCCGGGACCUGCUGUGGCUGCCCAUCGAGCAGUACCGGAAGGACGGGCGCCUCAUGCGGGGGCUGCAGCGGGGCGCGGCCUCCUUUGGCUCGUCCACGGCGUCCGCGGCCCUGGAGCUCAGCAACCGGCUGGUGCAGGCCAUCCAGGCCACAGCCGAGACGGUGUACGACAUCCUGUCCCCGGCGGCCCCCGUGACCGGCUCCCUGCAGGACAAGCGCUCGGUGCGAAAGCGCAAGGGCCAGCGGCCAGCCGACCUCCGGGAGGGCGUGGCCAAGGCCUACGACACCGUCCGGGAGGGCCUCCUGGACACGGCUCAGACCUUCUGUGACGUGGCGGCGCGGGGCCACGAGCAGAAGGGGCUGACGGGCGCCGUGGGCGGCGUGAUCCGCCAGCUGCCCCCCACGGUGGUGCGGCCCCUCAUCCUGGCCACGGAGGCCACGUCCAACCUGCUUGGCGGGAUGCGCAACCAGAUCCUCCCUGACGCACACAAGGACCACACCCAGAAGUGGCGGUCGGACGAGGCCCAGGACUGAGCACUCGGACUCCAGGGUGCCGCCCGCCCAGCAUGCCCAGCGAGCCAGUGGCACCUCGGCUCCCGCGCCCUCCGGGCGUGGACAGCCUGGCGGCCGGGCCCUCAGGAAGGACCGGAAGGACCCCGUCGCUGAGAGUGGGGCCUCCUGCCUGGGCCUCGGCCCUGUCUCUGCACUUUUCUUGGGGAGAAAGGACCUGCCCCACCUCCUGGACCCACAUCAAACCGGAGCCACCCGCUGCCUGGUCCCAGGACCCUCGGAACUACCCACUCAGCCAAGUGUCUUCUGUGUCUCCGGGGACGUGGGGGGAGACGCGUGUGGUUCAAUGUAUUAUUUUUAACCGCCUGAGCGUGUGGGUCGGUGUCUGCAUGACGUGGAAUAAACUGCCCACCGCCA